AUGUCAGGGUCCCAAAGGCGGCCGCUUCCUGCGUUUCCUAAGGGUCCUCAGCGCAGUUUAAAUGGUCCUCCAAGACGCGAUCAGCAGUACCAACCAUCUUAUCAUAGGCUCUAUGAAUCAGAUUUUAGGUGCCAAAACGGUUCUUCCUCGUAUUCCAGUCAUUAUAGGGACCGAGUAAGUGAUGGGGGUUCCUAUCGGCGUUAUCAAAGUUACCGCGAUGAGUCAAACUAUGAAAAUCAUCGAGAUAAUGAUUCCCCUGUAUCACUUAACUAUGGGGAAAUGCGUCCGGCUUUACACCGAAGACCCGCACCUGCGAUUCGUUACGACUCGGAGUUUUCGAAAUCCAAAUAUCAUUAUUUUGACCCCAUUGCUAAGAAACUUAUCCAUCGAAAUGAGAUGUCUUCGUGGAAAAAAGACUCUAGGUUACCACCGAACGGUUUCGUGAUAACACAAGAAUCUCAUGGCGGCCAAAUGCGCCCUGUCAUGAAGGAGAGACAUCCUGAACAACAAGGCACUGAUCCAAGGUCAAAGGAUAUGCGUACGGGGCCAUUCAGAAAGCACAGAAAUAAAUUGACGUUGGUACCAAGGAUCUCUUACGAUAAAUAUUCGGUUGGUCCACCUCCACCGAUUGAAGUUGUAAUAUGCCCGAUGUCUGAUGUAGGGCCAGUACAGGACAUUUCGAUCAAGAACUAUUUCAGGAAAUAUGGCGAGAUAUCGCAUUUUAAAGCAUUCAAUGACCCCAAUAACGCAUUGCCAUUACAUGUGUAUUUGGUACGAUACAAUUCAAGUGAAAAUAAGAUUAAUGACGCUGCAAACGCAGCUUAUAGGGCGACUAAGGAACACGGAGAGAGAGGUUGUAUUAUUUUGGGCUCCCGCUUUAACGUUGCAUUGAACAAAGAUAAAACUUUAGACAAGGUCAUCUCUGAGUUAGUCGAAAAGAACGCAGAGAAGGCAAACAGACUCGCUAAAGAAUUAAGAAGAAAGAAUGAAGAGCAGAUCAAGAUGUCUAAGAAGGAAGAGAAGAGAGACCGGGCAGGUAUCUCCCAGAAGAAAAUACCUUAUGAUUUGGCCAAACAAAUAAAUAAUAGGCCCGUGCUUUGUAUUUCGAAAUUUUUUGCCAAUAAUCAUGGAUUUCGUGUCGAAGAUUUCAAAGCCAUGCUUCGCAGAUAUGCCUGGACGCGUAUUAUUGACCAUCCUGCUGGGAUCUUUGCUGUCUUCAAUGAUGAAGAGUCUGCCAGGACUUGCAUGAAUAAUGAAUCAGGACGAAUGACAAUGAUUUCCCGCACAAAAAGAAGUCCCGUAGAGAUUAAGUUACUUCUGAUACCUGCCACAACAGAGAUCACGGACGAUACUCAAGUUAAUGGAAAAGUGGUCUCCACUGUACCGAAAAGGAAGACAUAUAAAACAAAAGCAGACCUUUUUGAAGCGGCAACUAGAUAUGUCAUAGAAGAUCUGGAGAAGGCAUUACAUGUUGAUUUUAGGAAACGAUUGAUAGGACCAACAGUGUUCGAUACUUUAAAUCCAUCUGUUUUCCCUGAACUGGUGGCAAAGAGAGAGACUAAGGAGCAGGAAACACGGCAAGCAGCUACCAAGGCAGCUGAGGAAGCAAAGAAAAAGCUGAAGUCUACUAAUGAUUUUGAUGUUUUCAACCUUUAUGGCAGUAGCGCACCAAGAAAAAGGAGUGGCUUUCUUAAGAGACGUGGCUCAGGCUCACUGGAUUCGCUGGCGACCAGACAUCUCAAGCGUUCGAAGCUUGUCAAGCCAACUGCGCAUUUAUUGAAUGAAGAUACUACGUCUAAGGAGCCCACUCCAACAAUACCUUCUCUCUCACCCACAAGUAAGACUGAGGAAGAGGGAAACUCUUCUGCUUAUGGAGGGUAUAGCGAUAUUGAAAUCGAUCAGGACGAAUCACCUUUCAAGAGAGAUAUGGUUAAAGUAGAAACGGACGCGACAACCCCAGAACUAGAUGUGACGGAAAAAAUGGCCCUCUUCGCUGGUAAAGCAGAAGAACUUAUGAAAAUUCCAGCCAUGUAUAGGCCACGGGUGUCCGACAUCCCUGAGCCUAUAUACGAAGAUGACACGACUUCAGGCUCUCUCGGUUUGAAGAAAUUGCUACGCACAAUUAAAGACGAUGAAGAUCUGGAACUUAUCAAACAUGUUCUUGGCGUUCAAUCACCACCUGCUGAAAAAUCUGAUCCCCUUCUACAAUAUCGAGUUUGGAAACUGUGCUCUGGCGAAGAAAAUCAAACGCUUGUACAAGAGGCUCAAUUAAAACUGAACGAGGUUCCUUUCCAUGAGGAACUGAUCAGCAACAGCGGAUCGGUGAAGGCAGAGGGCUACCGAAAGAUAUCCGAUAGGCUGAAAACAUGCUAUCUUCCUCAUCGUCGUAAGAUCCAUCAACCUCUGAAUACAGUGAGUAACCAUAAUGAUAGCUUGGACGGUACUCCCGACUUGCCUAAGGAGGAUUUUGAGAAUAAAGAUCCUUCAGAGCCAGCUCCACAGGAGCUUUCAUCUUCAAGAGACAACAGAGCAUCCAACAGAAGAUUCCAACAAGACAUCGAAGCUCAAAGGGCCGCAAUCGGAACUGAGUCUGAGCUUUUGUCUUUGAAUCAGCUCAACAAGCGUAAGAAACCUGUCACAUUCGCACGGUCAGCGAUCCAUAACUGGGGUCUAUAUGCAUUGGAACCAAUUGCUGCCAAAGAAAUGAUCAUCGAGUAUGUCGGAGAAAGGAUACGGCAGCCCGUCGCAGAAAUGAGAGAAAUUAGAUACAUCAAGAAGGGCAUAGGGUCCAGUUAUUUGUUCAGAGUAGAUGAGAACACGGUUAUCGAUGCCACGAAGAAAGGUGGGAUUGCGCGGUUCAUUAACCAUUGCUGUGAUCCAAGCUGUACAGCGAAAAUUAUCAAAGUCGGAGGGAAGAAGAGAAUUGUCAUAUAUGCUCUGAGAGACAUCGCAGCCAAUGAAGAACUGACUUAUGAUUAUAAGUUUGAAAGAGAGACUGAUGACGAGGAAAGAUUACCGUGUCUCUGCGGAGCUCCUACCUGCAAAGGAUUCUUGAACUGA